AUGCCAUUGUGUACCGAAGAUAGAGCAGCAUCAAGUGUUAGAGUCAUGUCACUCUGCACCGUAUGGGGGCCACUCGCAACAACCAAGACAGUAGCAAAGGGAGUUAAAGAAUAUUCCCGCAAGGAUUGGGCUAAGAAACUAGACGAUGCACUUUGGGCUUAUAGAACAGUGUUUAAGAUUCCAAUUGGCAUGUCUCCAUAUCGACUGGUGUUUGGAAAGGCCUGUCAUCUACCCCUUGAGUUAGAGCAUAAGGCAUAUUGGGCAACUCAAUUGCUCAAUUUCAAUAUGAGGACAGCAGGAGAAAAGAGGGUUCUACAACUCCAUGAGCUGGAGGAAUUUCGUUUGGAUUCAUAUGAGAAUGCAAAGAUUUACAAGGAGAAAACCAAGAGAUGGCUGGACAGACAUAUAAGAGAGAAGGAUUUUGAAGUAGGCCAACAAGUAUUGAUGUUCAAUUCACGUCUCAAACUCUUUCUUGGAAAGCUAAAAUCUAGGUGGUCAGGUCCUUUCACAGUAGUAGCCGUGCUUUCACAUGAUGCUGUAGAAGUAGUAUCUCAGGAUGAACAGAGAAGAUUUAAAGUGAAUGGACAACGGUUGACAGCCUAUUGGGGUGGUGACUACUCUAAUGAGAAGACAACCGUACCUCUUAAUGGUGCAAAGUAA